UAGUGACCUAAAAGUUCGCAGAAAAAUUAAAAACAACAAGUCCAAAGUCAAAGCUUUAGGAUUAUUUUACAACAGCAUGCUUAACUGAAACCGCAAGCCAACGAUCUGGAUCAAAAACUGUGUAAGGAUAUCAUUUUUAUACGACGACAAGAUGGAAGAAAGCAAGACUAAACGACCCCGCUAUCAAUACACGAAACGCCAAAGAGGAUUCUCGAUUUGCCAUUCGAGUUCAACGCUACCGACGACCGACAAAGACGACGCUCAAAAAAUUAAAAUUAAAACAUUACCGUCAAUAUUAAUUCACAGUGGAGACGUCGAUUCUGACUUCUCGGAAAAGCAAAAAACUUCAUAUGACUGCACGCAUCUUAACCCGAGUAACACUUUAGACGCUGCAGUUGCUCAGAAUAAUUCUGGUUUGCUAGAACGACUUUUGACGUCUGCAGCGAAUAUCUCUCUCGAUGGACUGAACGCAAGYGGAGGGACUCCGAUUCAUGAAGCUGCUUUCCAAGGAAAGCUAUCGUGUUUAAGGGUUUUUAUGAAGUUUGGUGCARAUGUGAAUUUACGAGAUCGGGAAGGAUGGACACCAUUACAUGCUGCUAUCUGUGGUGGUGAUCCUGAUACGGUUUUAUUAUUAUUGAAGUAUGGUGCAAGUAUUAAUGCUGAAGCCAACGAUGGUAUAAAACCUAUUGAUAUGGCUAUGCAAACAGACGACCAGAGGAUUGUGAAUUUUUUUAUGAACAGAAAUGAAUCCUUACAAGAAAAAGAAGGAAUUGCGCCACUGGCUAUGGAAGAGGGUUUGGAACCGGAUUAAAUUGAAUUUACCAAAAUUUACCUGAAAUAUUGUAGAAUUUAUCUACGUUUACGACUAUUGUCGUACGGCAUUACAAAAAAGACAUACGAAUUCUCCAGUUAAUUAGUACAAGAAUCGUAGCUUUAAAGUCAUAAGACCAAAUUUAAAGACUAAAUGACCAAAAGGCUUUGCAUUUUUCACUUUAUUUACAAAGUCACUCAAAGUAUCUUCAAAAGUUCGACGUAUUCUUUCGGCAGAUGGCGCAGCCGUGAAUAUUUUAAAACAAAACAAACUGAAUAUAAUCCGAAGGAUAGCAUUUCUAAUUCAAAACAAUACGGGCAAAUCGAAAAUUGAAUAAUUAAGCAAUUAAGGAAUAAAAUAGUCUUUAAAAAAAUGCGAAAUAGAGGUUUAUAGGAAUAUGUGUAAAAUUAUAGUUUUGAAUAAAUAUAAAGCUUAAAUUUCUUAAA